GCUCAUCGUACAUUUAUUAUAAUACUUUAAAAGACGAUGAGUCGUGUGCAUCUGCAAUACGUAAUAGGGCCCAAGAACUUUUAGAAAAAAAAGAUAUAGAUGGGGUUCGCCUAGGUGCUUGUACCUAUUGGCCACGUCCUGAUAUG